CUCAGUCCCCGGCUGGUCCGCCUCUCUCUUCCUCGCGGUCCUCGAGCGGAGUCGCCGGCGCCGCGGCCCGAGCGGGGACCUGCCCCGGGCAGCAGCCGCAGGACCACAGCACUCCCCAUGGCUCCCCUGGCCUUGGUGGGGGUUGCACUCCUCCUGGGGGCGCCCCCAUGCUCUGGAUCAGCCACCCCAACCCCCUCCCUGCCACCUCCUCCGGCCAAUGACAGUGAUGCCAGCCCAGGCGGCUGUGAGGGUUCCUACCGCUGCCAGCCAGGGGUACUGCUGCCCGUGUGGGAGCCCGACGACCCGUCCCUGGGGGACAAAGCUGCACGGGCCGUGGUCUACUUUGUGGCCAUGGUCUACAUGUUCCUGGGCGUGUCCAUCAUCGCUGACCGCUUCAUGGCAUCCAUCGAAGUCAUUACGUCCAAGGAGAAGGAGAUCACCAUCACCAAAGCCAACGGGGAGACGAGCGUGGGCACCGUGCGCAUAUGGAACGAAACGGUGUCCAACCUCACGCUCAUGGCCUUGGGCUCCUCCGCGCCCGAGAUCUUACUGUCAGUCAUCGAGGUCUGUGGGCACAACUUCCAGGCCGGGGAGCUGGGCCCGGGCACCAUUGUGGGCAGCGCUGCCUUCAACAUGUUCGUGGUCAUCGCCGUGUGCGUCUACGUCAUUCCGGCUGGCGAGAGCCGCAAGAUUAAGCACCUGAGGGUCUUCUUCGUCACGGCUUCCUGGAGUAUCUUUGCCUAUGUUUGGCUGUACCUCAUCCUUGCGGUCUUCUCACCAGGUGUGGUCCAGGUGUGGGAGGCCCUGCUGACCCUCGUCUUCUUCCCGGUGUGCGUGGUGUUCGCCUGGAUGGCCGACAAGCGGCUGCUCUUCUACAAGUACGUGUACAAGCGCUACCGCACCGACCCGCGCAGCGGCAUCAUCAUCGGCGCCGAGGGCGACCCGCCCAAGAGCAUCGAGCUGGACGGCACGUUCGUGGGCUCCGAGGCGGCGGGCGAGCUGGGCGAGCUGGGCCCGGGCUGCGCCGAGGCCCGCGAGCUGGACGCCAGCCGCCGCGAGGUCAUCCAGAUCCUCAAGGACCUCAAGCAGAAGCACCCGGACAAGGACCUGGAGCAGCUGGUGGGCAUCGCCAACUACUACGCGCUGCUGCACCAGCAGAAGAGCCGCGCCUUCUACCGCAUCCAGGCCACGCGGCUGAUGACCGGCGCGGGCAACGUGCUGCGGCGCCACGCGGCCGACGCUUCGCGCAGGCCCGGCCCGGCCGACGGCCCCGGCGGCGACGACGACGACGACGGCGCCAGCCGCAUCUUCUUCGAGCCCAGCCUCUACCACUGCCUGGAGAACUGCGGCUCCGUGCUGCUGUCCGUCACGUGCCAGGGCGGCGAGGGCAACAGCACCUUCUACGUGGACUACCGCACCGAGGACGGCUCGGCCAAGGCGGGCUCCGACUACGAGUACAGCGAGGGCACGCUGGUGUUCAAGCCAGGCGAGACGCAGAAGGAGCUGCGCAUCGGCAUCAUCGACGACGACAUCUUCGAGGAGGACGAGCACUUCUUCGUGCGCCUGCUGAACCUGCGCGUGGGCGACGCGCAGGGCAUGUUCGAGCCCGACGGCGGCGGGCGGCCCAAGGGUCGGCUGGUGGCGCCGCUGCUGGCCACCGUCACCAUCCUGGACGACGACCACGCGGGCAUCUUCUCCUUCCAGGACCGCCUGCUGCACGUGAGCGAGUGCAUGGGCACCGUGGACGUGCGCGUGGUGCGCAGCUCGGGCGCGCGCGGCACCGUGCGCCUGCCCUACCGCACGGUGGACGGCACGGCCCGCGGCGGCGGCGUGCACUACGAGGACGCGUGCGGCGAGCUCGAGUUCGGAGACGACGAGACCAUGAAGACCCUUCAGGUCAAGAUAGUGGAUGAUGAGGAAUAUGAAAAAAAGGACAAUUUCUUCAUUGAGCUGGGCCAGCCCCAGUGGCUUAAGCGAGGGAUCUCAGCUCUGCUACUCAACCAAGGAGAUGGGGACAGGAAGCUGACGGCCGAGGAGGAGGAGGCCCGGAGAAUAGCAGAGAUGGGCAAGCCAGUCCUCGGGGAAAACUGCCGGCUGGAGGUCAUCAUCGAAGAGUCUUACGACUUUAAGAACACAGUGGAUAAACUCAUCAAGAAAACAAACUUGGCCUUGGUGAUUGGGACCCAUUCCUGGAGGGAGCAGUUCUUAGAGGCCGUUACUGUGAGUGCAGGGGACGAGGAGGAGGAAGAGGACGGGUCCCGGGAGGAGCGGCUGCCGUCCUGCUUCGACUACGUGAUGCACUUCCUGACGGUGUUCUGGAAGGUGCUGUUUGCGUGCGUGCCCCCCACCGAGUACUGCCACGGCUGGGCCUGCUUCGGCGUGUGCAUCCUGGUCAUCGGCCUGCUCACGGCGCUCAUCGGCGACCUGGCCUCCCACUUCGGGUGCACCGUGGGCCUCAAGGACUCGGUCAACGCCGUGGUCUUCGUGGCCCUGGGCACCUCCAUCCCUGACACGUUCGCCAGCAAGGUGGCGGCGCUGCAGGACCAGUGCGCGGACGCGUCCAUCGGCAACGUGACGGGCUCCAACGCGGUGAACGUGUUCCUGGGCCUGGGCGUGGCCUGGUCGGUGGCCGCGGUGUACUGGGCGGUGCAGGGCCGGCCCUUCGAGGUGCGUGCCGGCACGCUGGCCUUCUCCGUCACGCUCUUCACGGUCUUCGCCUUCGUGGGCAUCGCCGUGCUGCUGUACCGGCGCCGGCCGAGCAUCGGCGGCGAGCUGGGCGGCCCGCGGGGACCCAAGCUGGCCACCACGGCCCUGUUCCUGGGCCUCUGGUUCCUCUACAUCCUUUUCGCCAGCCUCGAGGCCUACUGCCACAUCCGAGGCUUCUAGGGCCCGAGCCACCCCCCUGGGUGGAGGGGACACGGUGGCACUGGAUGACGGACCUGGGACGCCUCUCCCAGGCUCCUUUCUCAGCAGGGACUCGGCCCACCCUUCCUCUUCCUCCUCCUGGGAUCAGCCUCCCCGGUACCCAGCAUCCCUCCUCCGCGCCCCUGCUGCUUACACCACCCGGGCCCCAGCCAGAGAGCCGCCCUCAGCACCCUUACCCUGCAGACUUGAGCCUCCUGCGUCCCAGGACCCCCAGCCUGGCCCCGUCCGACCGUUUCCAUCCGAGGCCCGAGAGUUUCCGAGGGUGGCUGCAGCAUCCCAGGACCCAGCAAUCCCCGCUAUUUCUUCUCCCCUCCGCCAGCCCUCAGGGAGCUCCGUGCAGUCUCCGGGGUGUGGGUGGGGGGUGGGCAUCCAGGUGGGUAUGUGCGUGAGGGGGUGCACACCUUCCCUGAUUUCUCCUAGAAGCUUAAAGGAGGGGAAGGAGUGGCGUUUGGGGUUUUCGUCCCCUCCACUCCCUCCCCCCCGAUUCAGCUGGACGAGGCACGACUUGAACCCUCGACUUCUGACAUUCCAGCGCCCUCCUCGCCCUCCACUACCUCUGAGGGCCCAGCCUGCCUUGGAGGGAGGGGCUGUGCGUGUACAUAGUGUGUUUGCGGGAGGGACGCGGGAGGGUGCAUGUCUUGGGGGGAAGGGGCGACAGACGAUCCCAUUCCAGAGGGCAGCAGGACUCCCUCAAGCCUCGAGGGAAUCGGCCGUGGGGAGAGGCUGGCUACCCGGGAAGCCCAGCCGAUCACCCCUGACAAUCGACGGAAGGUUCAUUUUGCCCUCAGUGCCAGCCAUUCCGGGCAGGACCCUCGAAGAGAAGACCGAGGGUCCCAGAGGACCAAUAUGCUACAAGCCAGCAAAUGCUGCCACAUCUCUGCC